AGUAAUGUUAAACAUGGCUUCCACCAGUUGUCAGAUGUUUCAGUGUAGCUCAGACGGUGAAAGCAGUCCUCUUCUUGUUAACAAGCCGCUCACGUUAUUAGAGCUUCCAGAAGAAAUUUUGUACAACAUCAUUUCAUAUCUAUCAUACAACGAAAUAAGCGAAUCUCGUAAUGUGUGUCAGACCAUUAACAAGCUCUGCCAGCAGUUGCUGAACCAUGGUUUUACAAAGGUUGAUAAACAACACACUCAGAUACAGAAAAGAGUAAAGAGUCAGCUCCCACGCAGAGAAUCGGAGAGACGAAACCAUCCUCUGGCUCGUCAUGUAGACAUUCUCUCUGCCAUAGAAACACGUCUGUCUUUGCUGGGCAUGACGUAUACCCGCUAUAUAGACAUGGGGCUCUGCUGCUUUAUUCCAGGAAAGGUACUAGACGAACUGCGGAGGAUUCUCGCUACCCUACAGAGAACAGACCAGCCUCCACGCGCCCACGAGUUUCUCCAGGAGCUACGUGACAUAUCCUCCAUGGCCAUGGAACAUUUUGAGGAGAAGAUUUCUCCAGCCCUCAAAGCUCGGCUGCCAGCUGUCACACUUCCCUUCCCCUUUGGUGAUCACUGUUCAGCUAGUCCCGAACCCCAACAUAGCAUUGCAGGUCCAUCCACAUCGCCAAUGAUGGCUUUAGCAACCAGUCCAAUGAGAGGCAACCCUCUGCGACAAGAAGUCCUGCGUCUUCAGAUGCAAUGUAAAUCUCAUACCUCCACUAUUACACAGUGCAAAAAAGAACUUGUAGACUGGAAAAAUCGUCAUAUAGAACAGAGCAAACGUAUUUCUGAACAAAACAGGAAAAUUCAAACCCAAGCCAAAGUGAUAUCUGAACAUGUGGAACUUAUUAAGGAACACGAUAAAAAGAUCAGUGAUUUAAGCAAGAAAAUUCUUGAAUACGAUCAGAAGUUCUCAGAUGUGUAUACAGAGCUGUCCAAGAUGAAAGGCGAGGGUGAGAGUUCAUCCUCACCGAGGGAUUUCCCAGGAAGUAGCUUUAUCAUCAGAUCAAGCAAUAAGGAGGACUCGGACAAGACCAAGGCCUGUUUAAAGAGACGAGCCCUACGUCAGGACUACCCGUUAAAGAAACAAAAGACUUGAUUGCUUUUACUAAAUAUACCAGGACAGAUGCUAGAAUCAUUGAGUUCACUAAACGACUAGUUGUAUUUAUAGUUACUUUACUUGCCAGCUACAGAUAAUGAUCUGAAUUGUUCACAGAGAUUAUGAUCAGAACAUUUAUAUCUCUAGUGAUCGAAAUAGAGACUGGCAGUACUGUGAUCAGAACAUUCAAAACACUCUGAAUAGAGUCUGAUAGUACUGUGAUCAGAACAUUCAAAACACUCGAAAUAGAGACUGGCAGUACUGUGAUCAGAACAUUCAGAUCUCAAAGUGAUCAGAAUAGAGUCUGAUAGUACUAGUACUGUGAUGAGAACAUUCAAAACACUCUGAAUAGAGUCUGAUAGUACUGUGAUCAGAACAUUCAUAUCUCUAGUGAUCAGAAUACAGACUGGCAGUACUGUGAUCAGAACAUUCAAAACACUAAGUGAUCGGAAUAGAGUCUGAUGGUACUGUGAUCAGAACAUUUAUAUCUCUAAUGAUUGGAAUAUAGAGACUGGCAGUAACGUGAUCAGAACAUUUAUAUCUCUAAUGAUCGGAAUACAGACUGGCAGUACUGUGAUCAGAACAUUCAGAUCUCUAAUGAUCAGAAUACAGACUGGCAGUACUGUGAUCAGAACACUCAAAACACUAAGUGAUCGGAAUAGAGUCUGAUGGUACUGUGAUCAGAACAUUUAUAUCUCUAAUGAUUGGAAUAUACAGACUGGCAGUAACGUGAUCAGAACGCUCAGAUCUCUAAUGAUCGGAAUAGAGACUGGCAGUACUGUGAUCAGAAAUCAGAUUAACAAUAUGAUAUAGAACAUCACCAUUAUUUAAUUUUAAGUAAACUGAUAUUUAUGAAGAACAUUAUGAUGCGAUUAUAUCUGAUGGAUGUUUGACUGAGAAAGGGAUCUCAGAAUAUUGUUUUAUGAUGCUAUAGUUAUGUUCACAGUGGUUUUAAUACAUGUAGUUAGUUGUAAAUUCCAGGUUAAUAUGUUAAUGGACUGAACAACCAACAUCAUGUUUAAGUACUUUAACAAUGUUGCAGGUUUUCACAGAGUGAUAAUCAGGACCGCUGUUGUAGGCUAUUAAGUAUAACCUUAAAUCUUUUCCGUCUUUGUAAAAGAAUAUUUUAAUUAUUUGUCCGUCAUCUAUUUAAACGAGACUAACUGGAUGUUUCUCGUGCUUACGUAUCAUUUUAUAUUUAUUUUCUACGAUCAUGAAGUACAAAAUUAGAAUAUAUAUUAAUAUACAUGUACUGUGUUGGAUUUGUUUUUAUGAUUUGUUUUGGCCAUUUACAACAUCCUGGAUGUUUUACAUGGUCGUGGUGUAUUUUUAUAUGUUGUUAGUACAGUAGAUCAUGUAUUGUGAUGUACGUUGGUGUUUAGGAAUGAAUUCAAUUUACAAGGCUGAUGCUGUCAUUAAAAUCUUGUAUAAAUAGUG